AUCGCAACAAUAAAUCGCAAAGUAUAAACAGUAGAAUUUAUUCGACUUUAUUCUUGAAAAUAAUGUAACAAUAUCAAUUGGCGCGAACCGAAUAUGAUGAUUUCAUCUUUGAAAAUAAUUAUUCUCUCUAUCAUCAUCAGCUUGAUUCUAGUAGAGUUGACGACAAGUAGAGUUGCAGGGUUUUGUGAUCCUACAAAAUUGAGAAAUGGCCAUGACAUACGUUUGCAAUGCAAUUUCGAAAAAGGCCGGGCAAAUUAUAAUACAGGUGAUGUAGUGGAAUGCAAAUGUAAUGGACGUGAUUGCUACGAGUUGCCACACGCCAAUUUUGUGUGUAGCGCAGAUUCAAACUGGUAUUUUGAAGACAAUAAUUCAACUUCAGAAUAUUGGGGAGUUGAAUGCAAGGAUGAGAAUAGCUGCCCCAGGUGUUUCAUCCCUAAAUCUGAUUUUUCCAAUUGCCACAAAAAAAAGGGUUAUUCCAAUUAUUUUGCUUGUGUAUGCAAACACAACCAAAGAGAAUACAACAUGACGUGCCAACACGAUGGACACCUUUUCAUAUGGAGCCCUGUGGCACAUACAAAAUGCGAAGAACCGAAAGAUAUGAAAAAUAAUUUUCUGAAAGAGACAACCUCAACCUUUACAACAGGAAAAGUUAAUUUUCUGAAAGAGACAACCUCAACCUUUACAACAGGAAAAGUGGAAAACCCAUCUUCUACUCAUGCAUCAAACAUGGUUGAUAACAACCAAUCAGCAAAUUCUGAUGUAAACCAGGCUAAUUGCAAUUGGAACACAAUUUUAACCGCUUUAAGUUCCGCAGUCAUCUUUUUAGCAGUAAUGCUUGGGACAUUUGAGUCAGAAGGGAGAACAAGGAUCUCAAAGUGAGUAAAAUUAUUUUUAAACUUUACUGCGCCAAAGGAAGUAACGGAAAUGAGACUUGAGCAGCGGCAUUCUGAUUUUUGAUAAGAG